AUGAUAAAAAAAUAAACUCUGUCAAAAUAACAAUCAAUCUAUGUUGGAACUCAAAUCGUUGAGUUUUCUUGGUUUAAAUAACAUGAAAUAAUCUAUGAACAACCUACCAAUCAAUGGAAGUAGCUAAUGUUUGACAAUCUCGAGUGGUUCCUAAUACUCUUAUUACUGAUAUACUGCAUAACAUUUUACAUUUUGUACAAAGCCUUUAGCAAGAAAGCUACAAAUAUGGUCGUUAAUGUCAGAAAAGAAAGCUUAGCCAGCGAUGACAUGCAAAAUUCCUUAGCAUUGAGUACUGAAUAGAAUGAGUUACCCAAAAAAGAUUCUACAUCCAGCACAGAAAGCUCUCCAAGACAAAAUAUUUAUGCAUCCAAUUAGGAUAUUGUUUCAGACAUCAAACAAUCAAAUAAAAGAAAACUCACCGAUAUUUCUUAAGAUAGAGAAGAAUAACUUAAUUUGGAAAAGAAUGAAACUGAUAAUAAUUUUGUUCAUAGAGAAAAAAAUAAAGACUUAUAUUAGUUUGAAGAUUAUGUAAUAUAAUAAAAGUUCAUGAAAAGCAAUGAAAAAUGUAAGAAUCUUAAGACGUCUAAUAAUAUUGAACAAAAUAGUGGAAGGAAAUAAACUCAUAGAAUCUAAUAAACUAACCCAGAUUGGAGUCAAUAUUUGGAGAAUGGUAAAUUUGAGAAGUUGUAUGCAUCACCAACAGUUUUAGGGAAUGGGGCAUUUGGAGAAGUUUAUAAAUGUCAAAAAAUAGUUGAUCUCAAAUAAUAUGCAGUGAAAAGAAUAUUUUUCAAAGUUUAAAAUGAAAUAAAUUUGAGAGAUCAUCCCAUAUUCCGUGAAAUCAAUGGCCUUUAAGAAAUUAAUCAUAAAAAUAUCGUAAGAUAUUAUACAAGUUGGAUUUAAGAAUUAAGUACUGAAAUGAUUGAAGAGAUAACUAAACUACAUGAUCUAGUUACUGAAAAACAAUAAGAAAUGUAAAACAAUGUCUUUAUUGAUUAAUUGUAAUCUCAAAAUACUGAUGAAAUAUCACAUCUAAAUGAUUGUGUGCAAAUUGUUGGAGAUAGUGGAACUGAAAAUGAUAAAUAAAUAUAAACUAAUUCUAAAAACUCUAAAACUAAACGAAAUUUAAUCCCAUCUGAUUUUAGCAGCUAAAUUUAAGCCCUUAUGCGAAAAUUUCAUUUUAAUCCUAAUCAAAAUGAUGAAUAAUAUUAAUUAUUUAUGUUAUUUAUUGAAAUGGAAUUAUGUGAUUUUACAUUAAAAGAUUUUAUAGAAAAUAUUGAUAGAAAAAAAGAUUAAAAAUUAAUAAAAUCUAUCUUCAAAUAAAUUAUAGAAGGAGUUGUUUAUAUGCAUAAUUAAUAAUUCAUUCACAGAGAUUUAAAACCUCAGAAUAUAUUUAUCAAUUCAAAGAAAGAAGUUAAAAUAGGAGUAUUAGGAUUAUGCAAUAAUCAAAUAAAUUAGGGUGAAGAACAAGCAUUCGAAACAAAUUUAGAAUACAUAAAUAAUUCAGGAACAUCAAUAUAUAUGGCACCAGAAGUCAAAGGUGGUUAAUUUGGUUCUGCUGCUGAUAUCUAUGCUUUGGGGAUUAUUUUGUUUGAGAUGUUAUGGAAAUUUCAAACUAAUUCUGAAAAGCUUAAGUUGAUAUAAAAUCUUACAUAAGAUUAUAAGUUACCCUAAUAAUUAUUUAAUGAUUAUCCAAGUGAAUUUGAAUUAAUAAUAAAUAUGGUGAGUGAAUACCCAGAGAGAAGGCCAACUGCUAUGCAAAUAAUAGAAUCACUAAAUGAAUUAAAUUGA